CCGUGCUUCAACUCGUUACUAAUAGAAUAACCCUCUAUAGUAUUUCCAAUUUCGUGGUUUGAUGGAAACUCGGCUUAACACACACGGCCCGCCCUCUCAUGUACGCAUUGUUCGUGCCCGAAUCCCGAACAACAAUCCAGUCAAUGCGAAUCUAAUCUGAUUAUCAUAUACCCCGCGCCUGUCACUUUACACAAGCACGGCGCUUUAAUAUCGUGUUAAAUUAUGUGCCGCAGUGUAGUGCCCGUACCUGUUUUCGGCGUCGGCUACUCCCGCGUUGCCGCGGCCAGGCGAGUCAGGAACUUACUUGUACUCGCCCUCCACGGAUUUACAGCUGUCUCUCGGCGAGUCUUACGUACUAAGACGAUACACAGGGCGAAGAGGAGGAAAAGACAAGAUAUCCAGGGAAUCGCACCCCAGCCUCUUUUACGGGCCUUAGGUCAGACACGCAGUGCGCAUCAAUGCAGCGGCAGCGCACACCACUCCGCAGUGCGACGCUGUACCCCAGAUUGGUUAACAGAUCAUGCCAUGCAGUACGCACCACCGCAGUGACAGCACAUGCAUUCCCACAAUGUAAUACCAUUCAUAUCUCCGCAGCUAGUUGAAGAUCACUCACUGUGCACCGGCGCAGCAACUGCAUAUGAAUCCCCGCAUGUGACACUGUAUCCCUGCAGUGAGUACCAGCGCGGUGCCAACAUAUGCAUUCCCACGAUGCGAUAUUAUGUCCCUGCAGUAAGUUACAGGUAAGAAUAUUCUUUUAUCUAUUCUACUUUAUUUGAGCAUCCUCAGAUCGUGCUAACGAGUCGUCCCUCAGUUUAAUCUAUCAUGAACGAAUAUUAAUCAGUGCCUCCAAUAUUAUUUUCAGGUUAUGGAGUGUGCACAGUAGCAGUGACAGUCCAUGCACCCCCGCCAGGCGCGGCAGCAGCACAUAUCCCCCGCAAUGCAACAGAGUGCUCCUGCAGCUAUUCAGCGGAUAGCACCGUCCUAUUAUUUAUUCUGCUAAGUAUUCUUUCUCAAUCCUAUGUGUCUUAUAUUUAGUACCUAUUUAUAAUCAAUGUCUCUAUUAUUGUUUUCAGCCCUUGCAGCACGUACCGGCGCACCGCCAGUAUAUAUAUUCCCGCAAUGUAAUAUUCUACAGUUAAUUACAGAUUGUGCAGUGCGUGCAGGCGAAGCAGCAGCACAUGUGUCCCCGCAGUGUAACAAUAUACCCCACUAACAGCAACAGGAGCCACUGUUCUAUUACCUCACAUAUUAUCUCAUAUCGUUAAGUUAAGCUACAAUAUGUUUCUUAUAUCAGAUAUGAACAAUAAACGUCCAGGCUUUAAUUAAAAUGUCAAA